UCACAACAUGCCACCCUCUUCUCUCCAGCACCGAAGGACGCAUAACCUGCUGUUGAUUUCCCGACUUCUGAACGGACGAGAUGGCGCUUCUCCGUUUACAAUGGUUCUCGACAGCCUCGAGCAAUCAGGCAAACCACUGUUGGUCGAGUACAUGAGACGAGCCACGGCCUCCAAAGUCCAGAUCAUCUUCGUCUCCUUCGAAACGCUGCGCAGACCACGUCUUGCAGACGUUUUCGUCAAAGCCUGGAGCCAGAGCGUGCAAGCUUGGCAGAAAGAAGUUGUUACACAUCUCAAGAACGAGCCAACGCAGAAGAAGCUGUUAGUGUUCGACAGUUUGAACCAACUCAGCGCCUUGCAAGCGUCGAACGUUCCCGCCUUGCUCUCCUCAUUCAUUGGACCCACAAGUUCUCUACUGGCGCUCUAUCAUACGGACAUUCCACUCCCAGUCUCAAAGGCACCGCACCAAGAUGCGUACACGCCUUCCGCAUUGGUGCUUUUACGGUAUCUGGCAACGACCAUCUUCACAGCACAUUCCUUGAACCACAUACUGGCCCAAAAAGCAGCAAGAUCACGGAGUCAUGCUGAACCAAUUUUUGGGUUGGAACAAGGUGUUGAAGGUGUCUUGCAAAGCCUUGGUGCCAAUGAUGACAGAGGUCUCGUGCUCGAAAUGGAGCAUAGGAGGAAAAGUGGCAGGGGGGUUCGAGAGUGGUAUUUCUUACCUCUUGACAGAGCAGCCGCUACCCAGACUAGAAGCAGAGAGAUUGCAAUACUGCUCGAGGAUCACCCUGAGUAUCGAACUCCAGAGGAAAAGGCGAUCACGGCACAAGAAGAGGCUGCCGACACGACCUUCGAGCUGGGACUCACAGAGAAGCAGAGGCGAGAUCGUGAUGGAGUUGUGUUGCCCUACUACGACGCCCAGAAUGGAGGCGGCAAUGGAGGAAGAAUUCUAUAUGACAUGGGUGAGGAGGACGACUUUGAUGAAGAAGAGGAUGAAAUAUAAAAGUGUCACGGCCUCAUGAUCGAUGCAUGAGCGAAAGGUAAUUAGUCUUUGGUAAUACCAAUACAUGCUUUAGCCC